CAACAAUGUUGCGAGACAAGUUGAAGAAAAAUGUUGCCGGUAUCACCGGACCUUUAUUGCAAUUCGCAACCCACAACUCCACAACUCGCAAAGUAACCGGUCCCGUUUAAAGUAGUUAUGCUAUUGUCGUGGUAAAUUUUAAAGUCAAGAAAAUGAUCUAACUUGCAGUAACCAAUAUUUGUGCCCUUUCGUUUUACAGUUCAGCUUUAUGGAGGAUUUCCUGAACGUUGCGUUUUCCCACCAGAAAAUAACUUGCAAUAGACAUGAUUCAGUCUAUUAUCCAUCGUCACAGGCGUACCUCAAUUUGUUCCAGACUAUUGCCAACGAAUACCAAUGGACAUCCAAGGACACUAUCAAGAACUACAUAAUAUGGCGUGUUGUGGACAAGUACGCUAUGUCAAUGCCUCCUCAGUUUGUCCAGGCUAAGCGACAAUUCCAGGAGGCCAUAAUUGGAGUGAGAGAGUAUAAAAGGUGGUCUUGCUGUCUGGAGAGCAUGAUAGAACCAAUGGGAAUGACUUUAGGAAGAUUGUUUGUGGAUGCGAAUUUUGACGAAUCUUCAAAAACAACUGUAAGAUGCAACUUUGACUAACAUUCUUCAGGUGUUCUGAUUGGUUCACAGGUAUAUAAAUUAUCAGUCUUGACAAACCAUCAGCUUCUUAAUUUGUUUCUGCAGUGUCUAUCGCUUACCGUAAUUUUCGUACGGAGACAAAAAGCGUUGAUGGGAAAAACGUAUUUCCCAGCAAAUUACAGUCAAAUGAAUUAAUCCUUGGAGUACUUUUGUU